AUGGGUGACGGUAAACUGCUGAAGACAAAGUAUGGGAAUAUGGAGACCUUGUGGCUGACCAAGGUCCAGGAGACCUCUUGGCUGACCAAGGCCCAGGAGACCUCGUGGCUGACCACGGCCCAGGAGACCACGUGGCUGACCAAGGCCCAGGAGACCUCGUGGCUGACCACGGCCCAGGAGACCACGUGGCUGACCAAGGCCCAGGAGAUCUCGUGGCUGACCACGGCCCAGGAGACCACGUGGCUGACCAAGGCCCAGGAGACCUCGUGGCUGACCAAGGCCCAGGAGACCUCGUGGCUGACCAAGGCCCAGGAGACCUCGUGGCUGACCACGGCCCAGGAGACCACGUGGCUGACCAAGGCCCAGGAGACCUCGUGGCUGACCAAGGCCCAGGAGACCUCGUGGCUGACCAAGGCCCAGGAGACCUCGUGGCUGACCACGGCCCAGGAGACCUCGUGGCUGACCACGGCCCAGGAGACCUUGUGGCUGACCAAGGCCCAGGAGACCUCGUGGCUGACCUCUGCUCACUGUGGCCUGGGAAUCCGUGGAGGUGUGAGACGACGUGCCAAAAUGUCUACAUCUUUCCUUCGGCUGCGAACGGACAGAGCAACAGGUAUAUCUGAAGAAGCAGCAGGUAUAUCUGAAGAAGCAGCAGGUAUAUCUGAAGAAGCAGCAGGUAUAUCUGAAGCAGCAGCAGCAGCAGGUAUAUCUGAAGAAGCAGCAGGUAUAUCUGAAGAAGCAGCAGGUAUAUCUGAAGAAGCAGCAGGUAUAUCUGAAGAAGCAGCAGGUAUAUCUGAAGAAGCAGCAGGUAUAUCUGAAGAAGCAGCAGGUAUAUCUGAAGAAGCAGCAGCAGGUAUAUCUGAAGAAGCAGCAGGUAUAUCUGAAGAAGCAGCAGGUAUAUCUGAAGUAUAUCUGAAGAAGCAGCAGGUAUAUCUGAAGAAGCAGCAGGUAUAUCUGAAGAAGCAGCAGGUAUAUCUGAAGCAGCAGUAUAUCAGCAGCAGAAGCAGCAGUAUAUCUGAAGAAGCAGCAGGUAUAUCUGAAGAAGCAGCAGGUAUAUCUGAAGAAGCAGCAGGUAUAUCUGAAGAAGCAGCAGGUAUAUCUGAAGCAGCAGCAGAAAAAAUUACCACGCAAUCCACAACUCAUUUCCUCCUUACUCUAGCCCUGGGACUAAUACAGGGGGAAGGCCGUGUGUCCUUAUUUGAUGAGGAGAGGAGAAAGCCCCCAAAACCUGGCUCUUCCCUCAAGAUCCCCGCCACUACAAAAUUAAUCUCAAAUGUCUUCGGGUGUGUAUUCGAGCAGUAUAGACCCCCAAGAGCAGCAGACCCCAACAGCUGCAGAUCUCCACCAGCAACAGACCCCCAACAGCAACAGACCCCAACAGCAACAGACCCCAACAGCAACAGACCCCCAACAGCAACAGACCCCAACAGCAACAGAUCCCAACAGCAACAGACCCCCAACAGCAACAGACCCCAACAGCAACAGACCCCCCAACAGCAACAGACCCCCACAGCAACAGACCCCCAACAGCAACAGACCCCCAACAGCAGCAGACCCCAACAGCAACAGACCCCAACAGCAACAGACCCCAACAGCAACAGACCCCCAACAGCAACAGACCCCCAACAGCUACAGACCUCCAGCAGCAACAGACCCCCAACAGCAACAGACCCCCCAACAGCAGCAGACCCCCAACAGCAACAGACCCCAACAGCAACAGACCCCCAACAGCAACAGACCCCCAACAGCAGCAGACCCCAACAGCAACAGACCCCAACAGCAACAGACCCCCAACAGCAACAGACCCCCAACAGCAACAGACCCCCCAACAGCACAGACCCCCAACAGCAACAGACCCCCAACAGCAACAGACCCCCCAACAGCAGCAGACCCCCAACAGCACAGACCCCCCAACAGCAGCAGACCCCCAACAGCAACGGACCCCCCAACAGCAACAGACCCCCAACAGCAACAGACCCCCAAUAA